ACAACUCUUUUUCUUUUUAAAAAUUCUUAUUGGAGUGUUUUUUAGUACUUUUAAACUAGGAUUUCCUGCCCUUAAUGACACAGUGAGGGAAUUAUCCCAAAAAUUGCAUCCUUCUAGUGGUAGGAUGAACUCUGAAUACCAGAAUGGGCUGAGAUGAGCUUCAAGGUCUUUUCCAAGCCAAACCACUCUGGGAUUCUAUGAAACAUGGUACCUGAGAUAUCAGGACUCAGCUGUAAAGAGAGUUCUUCAUCCCUCCAGAAUCUUUUAUGCGUUGAAAUACACAAAUGAUUAAGCUGAAUUCACAAAUAAUUUUGUCCAGCAUUACACAGAUCUGCUCCAUGGAUGCAAUAGACUGAAAGAGCAGGCUGGGGAGAAAAUCAGUAAUAACUGGAAUUUCUGAAGGACAAGCCUAAUUCCGAAGUUCUGAGCAAGCUCCUAUCCAAAGAGCAGAUUCUGGGGAGAGCACUGAGAAAAGGAACAUCCUGUUCCAUGGCACAGCUCAAAUCAGCACCUUUCCCUGAGCACAGUCACAGGGUGCCAUGCUGACAGUUUGGGGACAGUGUCCUGUACCCAUCCUGCUCUCCUGGAGAAUAUCCCAGCUCUGGAACUGGGAUCUGUUCUGGGGCAGCCACUCAGUGAGGCUGAAACCUCUGUGACCCUGCAGUGUUGGGGCUGUGAGGAGAGAGCAGAAAUUCCCUGCUGCUGCCUGGAGCACAGAGAACCUGGAGCUGGGGGAGGUUCUGAGAAAUCAGACUGACACACGGGUGCUGAAUCAUCUGUGUGGGGCUGAUUUCACUGCAGAACCCACCCAUGGGCCAGCCCUGGGAACCUCUCCCUGCCAAGGAAACUCUCCAGAAGAGGAACUAAAAGUUGUCAGCUUGCUGUUUGGAAAAUUGCAGCUGCCAUGCAAUUAAAUGUCUGCCUGCAUUUUAAAUCAACCUUUACAUCCAUCUCUAAAGCUGCUGUCGGGUUUGCUCCAAAUAAAAUUCCUUCAAAUUGGGUGAAAUCACUCCUGCUUUGGCUGUCUGAGCACCAACUCACCCUGAAACAGGGAUACAACAGAGGAGUUAACAAAGUCAGCUUGUCCAAGAUCACAGAGCCCUUGUCUAUUAUUUUUAAUUAAACUCUUGAAGAAAAUGUUGGGGAACUGUUAAAGCUUGAGAGCUGCUUUCUCACUUCUGGUGUUAAUGGUAAGCAAGCUAUGGGAACACUUCAGCUCCCUCCUCUAGCUCCUUUCUGUGAAACAGAGAUAAUAAAUAGAGCUCCUUAGCCAUAGGAAGUUUUAAUGAGUGCUGUGCAACAGGAGGCAUUAACUACGUGCUAUUUUCCAUAACUGAGCUGUCAGCACACAGGCUGUGCCUGCAAUUUGGGUGAAGGAAAGUGCCCAAGAGUCCCACAGAGUCAAAUAAACGUCCUUACCUCGACAGGAAUCUUAUCAGUGACGCCGUGUGGAUGCUUUUCCUUUAGGGCCAGGCCUGAGUCACUUGUGCCCUCGUGUUUAGGAACAGGGUGAGGCUCUGCAGGGCUGUGAAGCUGCCAAAGUCCUUCCAGGGCACAGGGAAGUCGUCUCUGCAUCAUUUGACUCCUCACAUAUCCUUCAUGCCAUCUAUGUGAAAUCACACCUUAUUUUGGGUUGGAGCUAUUUAUAUUUGUUGGAGGGAGAGGAAUGUGGGAAAAGAACAGGUUCUUUCUGGGCUCCUGAUUCAGAGGAGCUGGAGAUUUCUCCUAAUGGAUCCUGACACUUUCCUGACCACACGGGGCUGCUGGCAGCCAGCUCUGCCUGUUGGACUGCCCAGACUGGAGUCCUGCUGCUGUCAGGACACCCCUGCCCCGUUCUGCUGCUCACUCACACCCUGCUGGCAGGGCAAUAACAAAAUUACCCCAGCUUUGCUUUCCUCCCUCUCUCAGAGCAGCCUCAGCACAACUCGACAAAACCCACACAGCUCAAAAGCUUCCACUUCAAAUUAAAAUGAAUGCAUUAAUUUACAACCAAACCCACUUCAUUAAUGAAUACCACGUUUAAACUCUGUCGAUGCCGUGCCACCCAGCACAGCUCCUGAAGCACUGGCACCAAUCCUGCCCUCAAUCCCUGGCUGUAACAACCCUCCAGCAGCUCUGGCUGCAUCCCCAUCCCUCACCUGCUGCAGGCCAGCGUGGGACAGCAGAAGGGCUGGGGUUGGCUGGGGCUCUCAGCAGCCUCUGCUUUGAUUUGCUCUCCAGCACGUUCCCUUCUGGAACAGCACUUGGCUGGGCUCAGCAUUGCCAGUGGGAGCCUCUGGCUCAUCUCCUCUCCCUCCAUCUUUAAUUAGCUGAUGUUUCCACUUCCCUGUUCUGUGGAGCAGGGAACAUGUGUGGCAACACAGCCUUUUGCUAAAAAUACAAAUUAAAGAAAAAAAAAAGUUAUUGGAGCGUGGAAAUAUGAAUGAAUCCGGCAGCUGUGUCAGCCCUGGAAAUUUCCUGCAGGGUGUUUGUAAAUUUGCAGUGAGCAGCAACUUGUCAAGCAGGUACAAGUCCAUGCUGCAUGUGGGGAAUGGCCAAAGCAUUGUUAAUCAGCAGGAAAAGCUCCAAUUUUUAUAACAGAGCCCAAAGCCGGGUAGGAAGGAGGCUCUGCUGUUCUCUGCCUCCCCCUGCAGCUCUGCCCGGACUGGGGGUCGGUGUCACCCUGCACAGGGUGGGGACAUCUGGGCCCCUCUUUGGAGGAGGCAGCAGAGGGUACCGGGGCCAGAGCAGGAGAUGCUGCUGGAGAAAUGCCUCAGCAGAGGUUCUGAGAAGGUGUCGGUGUGAGCAUGAGCCUGACGGGCAUCUUGCGGGGCUUUAGCUUUCACCAGAGCUGCAGGCACUGACCUCAGGCUGCCUGGGGAAGGAACUCGCAGAGGGUUUUGGUGCCCACAGGGAAUGGUGCCAAGUGGGGCAAAAGCAGCUGCAGGUCGGGACAGGCAGAAGGAGCCUCGGAUCUGCGCAGACCUGGGCACCCCUUCCUGCACCACCUCCCUAAACACUUUCUGCCCGUCCUUACAACCACCUUCCUUUGCACGGCAGCAAACUUCUGGCCUGUGGGAAGCUGUGGCGAAACGCAAGCAGCAGCCUGUCCCAGCGCAGGCUGUUUUCCGAGCCGAGCUGCGGCAUCCCCGCUCGGAGCAGCCGAGGGAAGGAACCCGCGGCGGGCGAGGCUGCGAACGCCCAGCCCGGGACGGAUAAUUAUUGUGCGCAAGGCUGGGCUCGGGCUCAGCCGCUGUCAGCGAGCAGCUAUGCGGCAGAACAGGCUGGCGGAUUAAGGAAUCUCCGGCCAAAGCCGUGCCCAGGACAGCAGGGGACAGCAGGGGACAGCAGGGCACUGAGCGAGCGGGGUGGCACCGAGCGGAGCUGCCCGCAGCUCCCGGGCACUGCCAGCCCAGCCAGAGCUCCGGGGCACGGCACGGACGGGUUUGGGGCAUCGGGCACGCCGGGAUCCAGGCUGAACAACAGGAACAGGAUGAAUUCCACUCUCCCUGGCUGCAGGUGAGGGGCUGGAUCUGCUGUCCGAGCACCCACCUGGCCAGCGCAGCCUUAUCUGCAGCGGGAGCGGAGUUAAUGUGUAACCCGGCUGUGUUUGGUUAGCCCAGAAAAGCAAAGAAGUCCUGGGAUAGGCACGGCCGGGACAAGGCAGCACGGAACGACGGAUAGCCUGCCGGGAUAUUCCUGCUGUGCCCACCUCCAGGGCAGCCCGUGCUAUGCCUAGGAAGGAGCUGGGGAUGGCUGGCUGCAACUCUGGCAGCUGUGACAGCAUGGUCAGCACGGCCUCCAACCACUCGCAGCGGAGUGACAACAGCUAUGACUAUUUAUCUGUGGAAGAGAAAGAGUGUUUGAUGUUCCUGGAGGAAACCAUUGGCUCCCUGGAUGCAGAGGGGGACAGUGGGGUGUCCACGGAUGACACCGACUACGGGGAGCCCUCCAAGCCCAGGAAAGGCCCUGUGCCCCGGGAUUUGGGGAACGGGACUCCCCCUCCAAGCAGAGAUCAGCAGCGUGGGGCUGAACAGAGGAGUGGUAGAAGCAUCUCUGCCCUGUCCAGCUCGGCCCCAGCGGCUGCUCCAGGCCCAGGUUGUUCCAGACUUCCAAGGAACAUCCCUGCAGCAAAUGGAGCUUCUGGCAGCAAAGGAGGUGUCCACACCGUGCCAGCAGGAAAACCUGCCCAGGAGGUGGCCAAGGAGGGCAGGCUGGACCAAGCCAGCGCAGGAAGCCACACCAAAUCCGUGAUUAUCCAACCUCCAGACCCCUUCCAGGAUGACCUGGAGUGGUCGCGCAGCUCAGAUGCCAAGAGGGAGGCGGCCAAGGAGACCAAGAUUUGGACUGCGUGGGGCCACCCGGAGAAAUCCACACUGGAAGAGGCCCCUCAGGAGCCCGAUGCCAAGCGUGGGCCUCCAACCGCCCCCAAACCACGGAAAUUGCCCCCAAACAUCAUCCUGAAAACCAGCAGGAACAGCCCCGUGCCGGAGCACAACCAGAAGGUAAAAGCAGUGCCUCCAGCCUCAGCCACAUCCCACCCCAGCCCUGCCAGCGACAGCACUGCUGAAAAGGGGAAUUCGGGCCACCUUGACCCCAAGGAGAAGGAGAAAGCCCGACGGGAGGCCCUGGAGAAGCUGGGACUGCCCCAGGACAGGAGGGAGCCCGGCGCCCACCUCCAACCCCACGCCAAGGAGCCGCCGCUCCCCGGCCCUGGGCAGCCUGGGGAGGGCUCCGUGCCGGGGAUCCGGCAGAUGACCUUCAAAUCCAACACCCUGGAGCGCUCCGGGGUGGGGCUGGGCAGCUCCAUGGGCAGCGCCAAGGAACAGAACGCCCGGAGCAGCAGCAGCUCCCUGGGCAAGAUGUCCUUCAUCGAGCGCCUGGCCCCCAGCUUCCUCCGCAGCCGCCCCCGGCCCGCCUCCCUCGGGGCAGGGAAGGACUUUGGUGGCCUGAAGGAGCAGGAGGAGAAGGACAAGAGCAGCAAGAGGAGGUCCCACCCUCUGCCCAGCUUCCCCAGGCCGCCGCGCUCCGCUGUGAGCGUGAAGAUCUCCCCAAAGGGCGCGGCCGACGAGAACCGGCGCGAGGCGCUCAAGAAGUUGGGGCUGCUGAAGGAAUAGCUGGUGGGGCUGGUGGAAAAGGGGAUUUUCACCCCAAGCCCAGCGGCCUGCAGUGCCUGGGGCCUUGGGCACCAGCAUCUGCUGCCAGCUCCUGCCCUGGCAGCUCGGGAGAGGUGCUGGGAGCUUCUCAGCAGACGGAGGAACGCCGCGUGUACAGAAUAUUUUGUAUGUAGCAGAUGUACAUGAGCUAUUUAUACAAAGCAUCUCUCAGCACGGACGGGGUGUGCUCUCCUGCAAGGGCUUUAAUGCAUUUGGGGAUUCAUCAAAACAGGGAAGCCAUGGAAUUAGGGUUUGGCUUGUUUUCAAAGGGGUUGCCUGUGGAUAAAGUGUCUCUGGGAAGAACUGCUGGACUUUGCUGCUCCUUUAGGACUUUUUUGGUGUUUUUUUUUUUUGGUUUUUUUUUUUUUUUUGGUUAAUUUUAUCACAGCCUCUGAGGUCUGAACACUCAUCUGCCACGUGGAAGUGCCUCACAAAGCCACCACUGCCUGCUGGGUGGGCUGGAGAGCUGCAGAGACAUCCCAGUGCCUCCCCUGCCACACUCUGCUCUCCACCCAGCCCUGACCUGGAAGAGCACCUGGAAGAGGUUUGAACUGCAGGAAUUGACAGCUGAGGAGGCCAGAGGCUGUGCUGGUGUCAGAUCCAGAAGUGCUGCCCAAAAUGGGGCAGAUGCAAGGCUGGGACAGCUCCCACUCAUCCUGGCACCUCUCAGGCCCAGCUGAUGCUGCCAGCACCUUGCUGCUCACCUUGGGGAACAGAGGUGGUUGAUGUCCCUAAUAAACCUGUGUGUGAUCAGAAA